AUGGCAACAAGAGCUGAACUCGCGCAGCGCCUUGCCUCGAUCCCUUCCGAGGAUUUGUUGACUCACCUUGAAGACGAGGCCCUCGCCAACCUUGCUACUCGGUACUUCCAAAGUGCCACCAUGCCGGCCGACAGAUCCAGCCCUGGUGAGGCCUCUACUGAUGAGGAUUCGAACCAGCGGGCCAAACGACCCCUCAAUGCCUUCAUCGCCUUCAGAAGCUACUACCUGAAGCUGUUCCCUGACGUUCAGCAAAAGGCCGCUUCUGGUUUCUUGACCACCCUUUGGAACCAAGACCCCUUUAGAAACAAGUGGGCUCUGAUUGCCAAAGUGUACUCAUUCAUCAGAGACGAAAUUGGCAAGGACAGGAUUUCCCUACCUUUCUUCCUUGGCGUGUGCUGCCCUAUCAUGAACAUCAUUGAGCCUGCCCUCUACCUUUCCUCUCUUGGCUGGUCUGUGGAAGUCAGAGCCGACGGUACACAGAGAAUUGUCCAAUUUCGGGCUGCCUCCCCCAACAACUUCGCUCAGUCUCAGGCUCAGGGUAUUCCUACCACUGAGAUGGAUCUGCUCCAGGCACUUCUCAAGGCUGGCUACCUUCCAAGGGAGAGCGCUGGGCUCCUCCAGCGGAUGAGUUCAAACACAAAUGGAAUGAUGACCACCAGCCCCAUCCAGGCUUCUCCUACCACUCCACCUACCAUGGAGAAACUUGAUUUCAUCAACACCAUUCGAAAUGAUCCAAUCCAGGCAACCAAGGAGAUCUUUUCUGCUCACUACGAUGAUCGCAUCAUGCGGGAGCAUGGUUACCGUGUUUAUACAGCUCAGAAUUUGAACGCCAUCACUCAUCUUCCAAUGGCGCUUCCCAUCCCUCAGCCAAUUCCCUACCGAUACGCCCACACUCACUACCACUUGGGACUUGGAAAUGAGCCUAUCAUGGAUUUCAACAACAUUCCCCAGAAUGGUUGUUAUGAUAUUAGCAACCCAUUCCACAUGGAUCAUCUUCUCGGGCACACCGAUUGUGAAGGAGAUCGCGCCGCUGGACACCCAGACAGCCCUCCCUACGACUCACACGAGGAUUUCCAAUACAUGUUCUAA